CAACUAUUAGUCCAAAUUGCCUAAUACAGCAAAUUGGACAAUUGGACAAGGGGUGUUUGGACAGAUUUGCCAACACUGCUGGUGACCCUUGGUGUAAAGAAAGAUUAAAAUCAAUUGUUAAAACCAAAAGCAACAAAAACAAAUUAUUUAGAAUCAUGAAAGACACACAUGACUCAAUUGUUAAACAUUAUGUGAAAAAAUCUAAUAGCUUUAUACUAGAAAAUUUUAAAGAUUUGGAAUUGUAUGGAUUUUUGAUUUCUGGAUUUUAUUUAAGUGUUUUUGUCAUAGACAAAAAAUGCUUUGGAGUAUAUAGAAUACAUGAAGUUGAUUGUCAAUUAAUACCAGUCAAAGAAAAUAAUUAUUAUUUUGUCAAGUGA